AACGCGCCAGUAGCUGGUUGGUCAGUCGCCACUAAACAACAGAAGAAGCGACCAAACAUGGCGGCAUGAAGAGGCAGCGGGUAGUGGAUUCAUGCUCGUGAUUAUCUGAUGUGAACCGGUAGCGGCAGCAUGGAGGGUUCUUAUCAGCGCGGUCAGCCAGAUGCUGUUCAUCAUCACGUCUUCGGUGGAGGGAUACAUCAGCCCGCCUCAGAGCAGCCGAACCACGCCGCUCCCCCAUGGAUUCCUCCAUCGGCUAACUUCCCUGCUCCAGGAGGAGGAGCAGCUUUCGGGGGUUCCCACUUCCCCCUUCCCUAUGGAUUCAACCCCUCUGUUCCCCCGCCUCCUUUCGGUAGCCCUCCUCCGAGUCACUUCCCGGGAAUUGCGCUUCCUGACCCUGGAAACGGGUUCCGUAGCUCUGGACCCCCGACGUUUCAGGGGCCCCCCCAGCAGUUUGGGACCGCUCCUCCCCGGACAUACUGCGGAUUCAGACAGCGGGAGGACUACCGGGAUGGAGAGCUCUCCUGCGGGGGGUCACCUUGUCCCCUACAGGACCGGGACAGCAGGUGGGAGACGGCAGCACCAGCAGAGGACGAGGAGGGGCUGCAGAGGCGGCAGGACCGCCAGUGGCUGGCUCGGUUCUUACAGAGCAGAGGCAGAACAGCCAGCGGCCCGCUGCAGCGCUCCAGCCUCGGCUCCGUCCCCGCCUUCAGAGAGGCCCUGUACGGCGCAGCUCGGCUGCUUUCACGGCUGCAGGAGCUCUGCCGCACUCUCCAGCACGAUCUGCACGCUGACAGCGGCUGGUCCGAGUCCUAUCUGACGGCUCUGCAGGUGAAGAAAGAACUGCAGGCCGGUGUCGACAAGCUCACCGACUCCCAGAGUUUAGAUGCACUGAAAGUUAAAGUGGCCCGCAUCGCCAAGAGAAGGGCCCGGCGCCUGAGGGCCAAGAAGGAACUUCAGAUGGAGAAGGAACUGGCGGAAGAGCUCAGCUCUGAGAAAGAGGCCUCCAUAGAUAAAUGGAGGAUGAGACAGAUCCAGCAAGUAGAAGAGAGGAAGAAGGAGCAGGAGCUGAAGCUGUCGGCAGACGCCGUCCUGUGCGAGGUGAGGAAAAAGCAAGCGGACGUGAAGAGGAUGCAGGACGUCAUGAGAUCUCUGGAGAAACUGCGCAAGCUCAGGAAGGAGGUGGCAUCCAGGAAAGGCAUCACCACUGAGCUGCAGUGCGAUGAGGUGUUCAGCAGCCAGCUGGAGCAGCUGAGAAGCGUGGUGAAGAGAAGGACGGAGCUUUACUCGGCAGAGGAGAAGGCUCUGAUGGUGAUGCUGGAAGGAGAGCAGCAGGAGGAGAGGAGGAAGGAGCAGGAGAGACGUGCCAAGAAGGAGAGAGCGCGACAGCUGGAGAGGAAACGCAGUGCCAACUCCAUGCUGUUUGGAGAUGAGCUUCCAGCUGACGGUGUCCUGCAGCCCUUCACCGAGUACUACAGCCAAGCAGAACACUCCCUGCAGGCGCUGAUUCGGAUCAGGAGGGAUUGGGACGCCUUCCUGGUUGCAGCAGAUCACCCUGAUGGUUCCUCCGUUCCUCAGAGCUGGGUCCUGCCAGAGUCCCCAUCAGACCAAACCUGGGGCUCUGCCCUGCAGGCUGCUGCUGACAGCCUCUGACUCAGAUCCAACCAGCUCAACAUAUUACCAGACAAAGAACAAAGAAUUUUCUCUACAUUUGGGGGAAAUGCUUUAUAGAGUCCAUGAUGUGUCUUAUCUGGAUUCUAAUUUACCGUGCAUCCUUUUUAUGGCUUUGAUUUAUUACUCCAAAUUUAGUAUUUUGUUAAAUAAUUUCAUUUUACUAUUUAUUUUGUCAUUCCAUGAAGUUGAAAAUAAAAAAAAAUGUUUUUGCACAUUUUAUUUCUUAGCUCAUCAGGUCACAGUAAAAUGGAAAUCCAGGCUUUCUAAUUUAAAGUUUUGACUAAUUAGAAGGAGGGGGAAAAAAAUUCAUGAGAGUUGGGUAACAAAGUGAGAGUGAUGGUUUAGCUGGCUCCACUGAGCUAAAAGCCAGCUCCACUUAAUUUUCAUAGCACAGGUACUACGUGAUUUUAUUUCUAAAAGUUUGAGUUUUUAAUUGUGUUAAUGUUUUAUGAAGAUAACUGAUUCCCCAGUUACUUAUUUGAAUAAAAGGAGACGGUGAUUCCAUCAA